AAGGAAAGAAACAAAGAAGGAAAGAAAAGAGAAAUAAGGAGUCGGGCGGUAGUGCAGUGGAUUAAGCGCAGGUGGCACAAAGCACAAGGACCAGUGGAAGAAUCCCGGUUCGAACCCCGGCUCCCCACCUGCAGGGGAGUCGCUUCCCAGGCGGUGAGGCAGGUCUGCAGGUGUCUGUCUUUCUCUCCUCCUCUCUGUCUUUCCCUCCUCUCUCCAUGUCUCUCUGUCCUAUCCAACAACAAUGACAUCAAAUAACAAUUACAAUAAAAAAAAACAAGGGCAACAAAAGGGAAUAAAUAUUUAAAAAAAAAGAAGGAAAGGGAGGAAAGGAAGAAAGAAAGAAAAGAGAAAGAAUGAAAGAAGGAAGGAGCAAAGAGAAGAAGGAAGGAAGGAAAGAGAAGUAAGAGAAAGGCAGGGAAAGGAAGGAAGGAGGCUAAAAGCCCCAUCAACAGCCUCAGUCCUCCCCCCUCCUGCCCGCCAGGGGCCGCUGCGCCCCCGCCCGCCCCGCCCCCCCCCCCCCAGCGCGCGCGGGCGGCCCGGUUGCCAAGAGACCGUCGCUAGGCAACCGCGCGUCCACACCUGCCGUGGCGGCCCGCGGAGCCGGGUGUCGCCCCGAUGGCGGCCCAGGGCGGCCCCUCGACCUCGCCGUCGAACGUGUCAGGCGGCUCGGCGUCCCCGCCCGGGCUGCCGCCCACCCCGCCGCCCACGUCGACGGCCAUCUCCAAGUCGCCGCAGGAGUCGAAGGCGAGCGACCCGAGCCCCGCGCCCGGCGCCGCCUGCCCCGACGACGCGCCGCCCCGGGCCGUGUUCUACGGGCCGCUGGACGCCCGCAACCCGCUGCUGGCCACCUGCGAGCGGGAGCUGCGGGAGCUGCUGCUCUGCCUGCGGGGCGAGAAGGGCCGCGCCGCCGCCGCCCAACACGACCACGAGUUCCGCCGCCGAUGUGCCACUUGUUUGUUUAAUAUUUGGACCAAGUACGCCCCCCGGCUGCCAGUUGACUACUACAAUGAAAAGCUUCUGAAGGUUGGAGACAGCCUUUGUGCAUUGAAAGAAUAUAAAUUGGCCCUCUUACAGUGUUAUGGAAGAUAUCUUCAGCAGUUCACAACCAGCUUUGAUGAGGGUAAAACCGAUGUGAAUCAAUUCAAAACCAUCUUCUUUCCGAAAGGCCUUGGAGACCAAACUGCUGAGCAUACAUUUCACGCUUUAAAUGGCAAAAAUAUCUGCAAGUACAACCUGGUGUGUGAGAAUGAUGUGAACAUGCAGAACAAGGGCUCUGUGGACCAGUGCCUGCACAUCCUGUCCUUCUUCCGGCUCAUCAUGCAGGUGGCUCUGCCCCAGGAGCACCUCUGCUGGAUCGUCUUCAACGGUACCAUUCACAUUUACACCAUUUGCAGAAAACUGAUGGUCAUAGGUCAGUCCUCCAAGGCCUUAGAGUAUCUCUUGUGGGCCAGCAUAUGCAUGGAGUCCUCUGUUCCACUCCUGUCUGUCAGGUACUUGACAUGGAGGGCUACUCUCUACACUGCCGUCUGCCAGUGCUACUAUGAUUGCCAGGCAGGGAUACACGGAGAGGCAUUUGCUCGACGUGCUUUAGCAAAGAUUGAUGAGUUGAGGCAGCUGGAAUUAAUGAGUUCUUCACAAUCGGAGGAAGGAACCAGAAAGCAUUAUAGAGAGGCCACAUUAAAGAUGGCAAUGAUGAUCUUCAAAAGAGGAGUAUUUGAAUCUAGAAGGAAAAACAAAAGUACUUACAGACCAAAGGUCAGAAUCAAUGUGAAGGAAACACAAGUGUUGCCGUGGCCACGCACUAUCACAGAGCGCUUGUUGGAUGAGAUGUUUGAUAGCACGGCUUCCCGGUUUCUGGCAGUCUUGGAAGCGCUUUGCGAUUCAAACAGGCGGACACUACAGACUGGACCAAUUGCUUCAGAUGAAGUUGAAGUUCGAGAUGUUGUCUCAGAACUGUUCAUAGCAGGAAGAGAACUCUUACUAUUGUCAAAUACUGCAGCAGGGGGAGGAUUUAACUUUCCCAACACAUCCUUCCUGCAACUUACUGUUAAUGGAAGCAAUAUUAUUUCUAUGGAUGCUGCCGUCAAGUUUGUAAAACUAGCUUUUACCUAUGAGGAAUGGAGUUUAUUUGAAUCUUCAGCCGGGAAGCUUCUUGAAUGUCUCCAGAAGCAAGAUGAUCCAGUGUCAAAGAAAGCAGAGAAGGAUUUAGCUCUCCUUGUGGCAGUAGAGCCUCUAAUCAAUGUAAAAAGAAACAAAGGUUUAAUCUUUCCUUUGGAAAACUACAAAGGACAGUCAGCUCAAAGUUAUGUGAAAAAAUUUGCUUUUCCUGACGCUUGUACGAAGACUAGUGGAUUCCCCGAAGAUGCUUUCCAUGCGGCAGCAGUCUUGUAUUCCUGUGUCUGUUGUUCUUCUCAGGAUGUCCAGCCUGAAGAAGAAAUCGUUGUGGACAUGAUUGCGCUCCUGUGGCAUAAAUGCAAAUCAGCAAUUCAGCGCGUCAGUCUGCCCAGAAAUGACUGUGUCAAGUUGACCCAGAAAAUCAGUACCAAUAAAUGGAUUUAUCUUCUGUGGCAGAUAAAUGAACUGAUCUGGUGUUGUAAAGUGGAGGUCAUCGACAUCAUGAUGAUGGCAGAGGUGGCUUUUCGAUUGAGCGAUAUAUUGGAGUCCUUAGGAAACCCAAAAAGAAAAUCAAAAAAAUCUUUAGAUGCAAUUCUAAGAAAGAGUGUGAAUGAAUCCCUUGGAACUCAAAAAGCGAACCCAGAAAUUCUUCCACUACUAAAGAAAAAACCCGAGGAACAGCUCCUUUUGGCAUAUGAACUACUUGACAAAGUAAUCACUGCAUUAAAUUUGAAUCGCAUGUUAAUUACUUUGCCAGAUGGGUCAGCAGUGUAUGAUUACUGCACCACCAAGUGCACCAAUAUGGACAGAAACACUUGCAGAACAACUGCGGCAAAUAGUUUCAUGAUAGAUUUGCAUCUUAAGCUACUUCAGUACCAGCACCGAAUAGCCACCGUGAUCCUUGACAAAUUUCCAGUUUUGAAGACUCCAACUACUAGCAAAAAUGUGUCUGCCAAAGACCAGGGAAAGCAAAAACAAUUUGAAAGUGUUACUGGCUUUACAGAACUAACUGUAAUGAAUAAAAUCAGGAAGAAUAUGGUGUCCAAGUCGGCUUUCUUGAUGCAGAAAGCUAUUUUCAUGUUUGAGAAUGAUGCAGCCUGUGUAUCAUCUGUUCAUGGAAUUUUGCAGGAAGCAUACUCUCUGGUUGAGAAGGUGGAAACUGAAAGAAACUCCUUCCAUUCAUAUCAAAAGUAUUUGGAGAGUUCAAAGAGAAAGAAAAGCAAAAUCCCCCCUCCUCCUAUCCUGAUGGCUAGAACUUACUGUUCUGUGACGCUAAAGCCGGCUCCAUUUUGCCCAGAUGUUAAGGUCGCCUGGUAUUGCAUUUUGGGUUGCAAAGCAGAAGGGAGCUUUGGAAAAGUCCGAAUAAACAAUAACCAUCUUCCAAACUCAGGAGAAGCGAUCCCAGCAGAUGGUAAAAGCGUUUUUGAAGUGAAAGGUUUAGAAACCAAUGAGAAGUAUGUGUUUGCAAUUGCUGCUUAUUCUUCAACGGGGAAGCUUAUUGGUGAUGCCGUUGGAGAAACAACAAAGCCAAUUCUGGUUUACCCGCCUCUUUCUACGCUGACCAUCCGCAUGUACUUGACUCAGAUUGCCUACCAGGUUGGUAACUAUGAGCUGGCAAAGAAAGUUUUCGCUCCAGUUUGGGAUUAUUUCAUCGAGUCACCACUUCACAAUGAACAGUCCAUUGUUUCUCUGAGCAAUAUAAUGACUAUUACACCGAAAAGGUUACAUAUGGAUGUGUUGGCAGAAUCUUCUCCAAUACUCAUAUACCUUUUUCUUAGAAAUAUUUUUAUAAUGAGUGACAUUAAAAUUAAAGAAGAAAAUCUUUUCUGUGAUAAUAUUAAAGGCAUUGAGAUCUUCCCCUCUCAACAAAUUGCUAGAUUGAUCGAAUGUGAGAGAGUACUGGUGGCACUGGAACUUAGCAACUACCUAAGUGAUUCCAAUUAUACCCUCCAAGCUGUGACACAAUGCUAUGGCCUGCUUGCUCCUAUGAUCUAUCAUGAUACUGUUUUGGUGCCCAUUAUCCAGAUCUUGAUAAAGUGUAUAGUGGUCUUGCAAGGAAUUCCACAUGUUGUCCAAUCAAAGAAGAACAUGUCGACCUUUGAGAGUGUGCAGCACAUGGUAGCUUGCUGUGUUUUCUAUGUGACAAAGAUCCUGCGUUCAUGGAAGGAGUAUGACCUUGCGAUAAUGGUUAUCAACUACGGGAAGAAGCUGCUGGACAUCACACCUGGCUGCAGAUCUCUGUUUGGUGUCACUGAUCAAGACGACCUGUCAGAUGAGGUUCCCAAGAAGCCUGUCAAGAGUAAGAAGACGCAACAGGCACUGUCACCUGACAAAAUAAGCGAGCAGCUGGCCUUGCUGGAGACGCAUCUGCUCCGACUGACGAAGCAAUAUGUUGCAACUGAACUCUCAGGAGCUGAGGACCCUAUAUUUCUUUACCCUGUAGUUUUGAAUUGGUCUGUUAAAGCUGCUGUGAAAGAAGUUAUGAAGUUUAAGCAGAGGCCCAGAUUCCUGGAAUUCUUUACACAGGUCAUGCUAAAAUGCUUGAAUGAUGAAAAGUUUCAACUUGUGAUAGAGAUGACAAAUCCCAUCACUGAUUUCCUAAAACGGAGAAAUGACUCUCUACUUGGAAUUAAAAGACCAAAAAAUAAGGAUAAUAUUACUUUCAAUAAGAAAUCAACCAAACCUUUGAAAAAGUUCAAAGCUGUAUUAAUGGAGUUUGCAAGACCUGGAGAAGUGGUGCCAAAAAGAAGUAGAAAGAAGGAAACUCUAAGGGAAUUUCUUUCCAAAAAUCCGUUCAUUUCUGAAAUGCUGGAACGUGAAAGAAAUAAGAGAUCCGAUGUUAGAAAAAUAGCAUUUCGAUUCCUGGUAGAUACCUUCAAUCCUAUAGUACUAUCUCGUGCUAAAAAAAGGAGGUUCCAUCAAAUAUUUCUUGAGGAGAUACCUUGGAAAGCUCAGAUGAACCUAUACCUGGCAAAUGCAUACUUCAACUUGUUUUUAGUAAAAUUAUGGGAACGGCUGAAAUCAAAAUAUGGUGUUUCACACCCAGCAUUCAGUUUCCGAUCAUGUGACCCGAAUAUGUUCUCAUUAUAUAACUCAGGGACAGUGUUACCGACAGCAAAGUUGACUUUAGAAAACUGCAAAGUGAUGCUUGAUUUUCUUUUUACAACUAGGAAGAAAAAAGCUAACUUUCCAUCAGAUGCAGAAGAAUUUUCAAUAUUCUUCAGUUCCAAAAUGACUGAUGAAAACAGUAGCAAGGCACAAACGAUUUACGACUCAGACUCUCAGUCAACUGUCAGUACUAAGGAGAAGGACCGCGCAGGACAUUUGAGUUUCUUGGAACAUUUCACAAGAAUCUUUUUGUGUUGCAGGAGAGCAAUGGUGCUUGCUUAUCGAGGUGGCUAUUGGACUCUUCUUCAGAACUGUUGUCGGACCCUUUGGAACUACACUCAGGAGCUACAAAUAAUUCAAAGACAGAUAGCUGAUCUUUAUAAAGUGUAUCCCAUUAACCAGGAUGUUUUCCUCUGUACCAUUGUUUUGCCAUUCUACUUGGGAGCAGAAUCACUUAUUGAAAUGUUAAUAGAACUACAAAAUGUCAAUGCUAUUAAGGUUGUUGAAGAGAAGGGAGAAUUCAGUGUUCCAAGCUGCUAUGGAAAUAUUAAAAAUGAUAAUGGUGGUUCUAGCCUUACAUUUGAGCAUCCUUUGGAUGACGUCAAUGUGGUCGACUUAAAGUGGAUCCAUGACUUUGUGUUAAAAUCUCUGGAACUUUUAUAUCAAGUGGAAAGAUGGGAAAAUCUAGUGUCACUGGCCAUUAUGUUCAAUUCAGUUUCACAUGAGAGGUAUACAGAGCAAGUGACACCACUCCUGGUGUUUGCACAGCGCCAGCUUCUUCUAAGAAUCAACAAGUUCAAGGGUCCAGAUAUUACCCAGCAGCCUUGUGCACUAUAUGAAUCUCGACAGAAAGAGAAAAUAACCUGCCGAAAUUUCAUUGAGAAGCAACUUGUGAUUAAUACUUCAAUCAAGAAAGUGACAGAGACAGGAAAUGAUACAGAGGCCCUGCAAAAGCACAUCUAUUCAGAAUACAGCCUAGCCAAAGAGCUCACCUGUGUGCCUUUGGAUGUGGCAGAUUCUCUGGGAUGCUUUAGAGAGACCUUGGAAAAAUCCAAAUACCACAACAGAUCGAUCCGACACAGCAGGAAGUUGCUUUCAUUAUUCCUUGCACAGACACAAGGAGACAAAGGAGGAAUAAACAAUUCAAAAUUUCCUACUGGAAAGGUGGACUUUUGCCUGGGGACAGAGGAGAUGCAUAUGCCAACACCUCCUGACCUUUCUCAAGAAAACUUCAGAGUUUUUAGCUCAGUGGAGAAAAGCAAACUUCCUUAUUCUCAGCUUGGACUCGUCAUUUCUUCUUAUUAUAAAACGAUUGAUGUUCUCCAAGCCAGCAAUCAAAGAAGUCUUAAAGUUCAGGCACUGAAUGAACUCGGAAGUCUUCUCAUCUUUGCAGAAAAGAAAAGGGCUGCUUUGAAGUGUUGGUCUCAAGCUCUUGAUGACAUCUUCAGAAAACAAGAUGUGCUGCACACCUGGAGAGAGUUUGGGGCCGCCCUCACCCCGACCACCCACGGCUACUCCUUUCCUGUUCCCAAGGACUACAGUGAGGACUUCCUCUCCAAAGUUGGCAUUUGGGGCUGUUUGCAAGGAGCAGUCAUAGCGGCAAAGAUAGCACAGUUUAUUAAACUCUCAAGCGUGGAAAAGAGAAUCAACUGCUGUAUUUUGUCUGCAUUACUCUUUCAGGGCUUGCUUAGAACCACACUCCCACACCCUAAAGCUGACCGAUGCUACGCUCAGUACGAGAUCACUCAGCUUCUUCCAGGCAUCGAGCUGUUUGCGGACAGGUACAGGGCUGACAUCUGCUCUGUGGUGGCAAGCCUCUAUUACACUAUACGUGAGCUGCACUUUGCUAAGCAAGAUCUCAUAAUUCUGCCUCUCCUUGCAUUGUACCAAUACUUUGUUUCUGGAAUUUGUGGGAACCUUGUCAAAAAUUUAGAAGCAAGACUCCUCAAGAUUGAAGUCCUCAUAGACUUGGGAUUCUUUUCCGAAGCCUUUUAUGAGAUCACCCAGAUUUUUUAUGGAAAAAACAUGCCUUGCCCCAUACCUUCUGGCUACAGAGCUACUGGGAAGAUGAAGCUAUUUCAAUCAUUUGACUCAGCAAGGCCUCUUAGUAGUAAAGAAAAUAUACAGGCACUUGAUGAACUGAUAAGUAAAGGUAUGCCUGUAAUUCUGACUACAGUCGGCUACCAACACCUCAUGGAUAAGUUUUCGUUCGUUAAAGCAUACUUUUUAAUAAGUGUGGCUGCAACUAUAAAUUGUGUGCCAGAAAAUAUACCGAAAGCACCCAGUCGUGGAUUUUCUUCUGAGAAGAGCAAAUUAAACUUCCCGUACUUGAAAGAGCUAUAUUCACGGGAUGAUGGAAGCUCAUUCUGUUACCUCUUGAAACUGAAAGAUGAUUUCACACUUUGCACACUAAAGGCCCUAUUACUGUUAGAGGCUGAAGACAAACUGAACAGCCUGAUGUCGGAGAUGGACCACGAAACCCACAAGAACCUCGCCCAGUAUUCCGCUGGGGACCUGGAAAUUGUGGUGGCCGCCCAGCUGCAGCUGGCGGCGAUCGCCCUGCAGAGACACCAGGCGGCAUACAGUGCUGCAAUAGUAUGUUCUGUACUCAGACUCCUCCAGGAUUCAAAGCUGUUUAAACAGAAGGAGGCAGAAAGUGACACAGAGACUCCCACCUGCACAGGAACGUCUGGCACUGAGAGUAAAGAUGACGAGUUUUUAGACCCAAUUUCCUUAAAUGCCCGAGAGCAUUUCAACAUUCAUCUGUGGCUGAGGUGCUGUCUAGCCUUGGUGACUGCAUUUGUGGCACAGAUCCGUGGCAUUGGAAUCAUGAAAGAAAAUGAUAUAACAGAUUUUGUGAGCCUUAUCAAUGAAGCAUGUGAGGAAGCAAAACAUUCUGAUGACAAAGAGCUACAGGCAGAGUUCUUGAUGCAAACUGUAAUCAUUGGCUUACAAGAAAAGCAUUUAAAGGCAGACAUCAUAAGAACACUGCAAGAUAUAAUACAGUUGCUGGAAGGAAAUGAAUUUAUUUCUCCACGAUCUUCUCUAACCCUGGUGAGAAGCAUGCUUUUGCUGGAUGACUUAACGAAAGCUGAGAAAUUCAGGGAAACCCCCUCUGCAAAGUCAGAAAAGUUAAACUUGUUGAAUCAGUGUCACAACAUUCUUAUUGAGCAGAUGCUAGCUUUGGGAGAAACAAUUGAAUUCCCUCUAUCAAACACUGACUACGCAAGUCCACUACAGCCUCUGAAAAAUAUCUAUCUUCCUCACGUCAUGUUACUAGCCAAAACAAAAAUGAGAAUUGGACACACGCUGGCCAAGCAGGUGUACUAUACCAGCAAGAAGAAGGACUUCUCAAAGUGGCUACCUGCUCUUCAUCUCUUUGAGGUAGCGUUGAAGCUCUGUAAGGUAUCAGCAACAGAAGAAUUUGAGGUGGAAGCGGAAAUCCUUUUCCAGAAAGGAAAAAUAGAACGGCAAGUAUUGAUGGAAGAUAAAUCUUCAAAUGUGAAACUUGAGAGUUUAUUUGAAGCUGUACAACUGAGCUUGAAAAAUGAUCAAAACUCGGGGCUGAUCAGGGAUUCCUACCUAGAAAUGGCCAUGCUGUUUUUACACACCAGGAAGUCAAAGAGCAAAGUUCAGCCACCCCCGUUAACAGCCGUGACUUCAACCAGAAGACAUAGUUCUAUUAAAGAAGAAUCAAUGAAUUACUUUGAAAUGUACAGUUCAUCAGCCUGGAUUGCAAUAAGAGCUGCUGCACAGGUGAGUGAAGCAAUACUGUCAAUUAAUCUGCUUAUUGGAAAGAAGAACACUAGAACUGAUAAAGUCAGUCAGGAGGCCUUACCCAAUAUCCCAGAGUUUGCCAUCAUGGAUCUUUUGUCUUCAUACACAGACUAUCUGCAAGAUAACUACCAGGCUGUCUUCCAGGCUGGCUGUGUACAUUUAUUCCACAGCGAUGACGCCAGUGACGCCACGGAUGCUACCAAAAAGCCCGAGACCAAAGUGGAUGUUACGUGGAUUCUCCUGCUUCGGUACUAUAUCCACCUGCAGAGAGUCAACAGUCUCAGCAAACUUCUAGCCUCACUGAAGCCGGCAUCCGGAAUCUCUCUACCAGAUGAUAUGCUCUUCACAUCUCUUUUCAAUUCUGGGAUGAUUCUGCGUCAAAAAGAAAUGCAUUUUUUCCUUAAAAAAUUCUUACAGCUAUAUUCUUAUUCUUGUAUUGAUGAGUUUCCAAAAGAACUACUUCAAGUAUUGGAAAAUGUGCCUUUUACAGAAAAAAGCUUCUGUGAUUCAUCAGGCAAGGUAUGCCAUGACAGUUCUAGCCACUCCGUUUUGUCACUGAAGCUGCUUGGCAGCCCAUCAAGCAGAGUUGAGGUGUCAUCAGAUAAGGCAAUACACGCUUUGAACAAAGAACUCUGCUUUCAGUGGUACAUCCCUCCCCUGGAAAGACCUUCAAAGGAGACAGAACCCAUGGUCUUAUUGUUGUAUGCUUAUAACACAAAGCCAGUGAAGAUUUUGGAUGUUAAAUCUACUGCUUACAAAGACAUAUGCAUUGGUUCUUUCUGGGUCCCACUGAAAAGAGUUAUUUCAAUUCAUGAGAGACUAUCUAACCUUGCACAAAUAGCUGAAAUUACAUUGCUACCCAACCCUGAAAUUACUUCAAAUGAAAAUAUCAAUGAAACAGUAGAAACGGACAAGAACUCAAUAGAUCAAGAAAUGGGGGACAUGAUUAUUCACUGCUGCUCUGAAAUAAAAUCUCUGUUUUUGACUGAUAGAGAUACAACACCACUUUUUGAGGUCCCAUUCGACGCCUCGCUUCCCUCUCUCCUCAAUCUCGAGAGACUUUUUGAUCUCGCCAAUGGGUGUAUCAUACCAGGAGGAAGUCUUUUCAACUGGAUGGUGUCUAUUAUUCCCUGAGCAUCUGCUUCGGGACCUCCAAAAAGGACUCAAUUGCUUUUCUCCACUGGAAGUCGGUUUUCAGGUCUGUCCUCUUAGAACCAAUAAAAUAAAAAUUGUUUUCCCUUA